UGCGACUGUCCCCGUGUGCGGCACCGCGCCCCGCACACCGUCCGUGCGGUGACACCGCCGCACCCAAGCGCCGCCGGGGCCGCUCCCCGCGCAGGCACCGCGUCCAGGAGCGGCUGCGGCCGCGGUGUCUCCGCCAGCGCUGCCCCGCCCCGCAGCCGCCCCGCUCCGCGCCGGCACCCGCACACACGCACCCGCACACACACACCCGCACACACAGGCGCGCUCCCGCCCCGCGGGGACGCCUCGGCGCCGCCCCGCACCGCGGGGGGCAGGGUAGGGAAGGGCAGGGCAGGGACGGAGCGGACCCGCCCGCCCCGGCCCGGCCCAGCAUCGGCCGCCGCCCCCCGCAUCGGCCGCCGCGGCGCGGAGGGUGCAGGGCGGUGCGGGCCGAGCGUUGUCGCCGCCGCCACCGCCGCAGGAGCAGCAGGAGCAGCAGGAGCAGCUCCGCGGCUGCCGAGCCUGAGCCAUGUCUGCCAGAGUGGCCCAUCCUCAGGAGCCUCACCACCCCUCUGAAAAGCCAGUCAUCCACUGCCAUAAAUGUGGGGAGCCAUGUAAAGGUGAAGUACUCCGUGUUCAGGCCAGACACUUCCACAUCAAAUGCUUCACCUGCAAAGUGUGUGGGUGUGACUUGGCACAGGGAGGGUUUUUCAUCAAGAACGGGGAAUACCUUUGCACCUUGGAUUACCAGCGCAUGUACGGCACCCGCUGCAAUGGCUGUGGAGAGUUCGUGGAAGGAGAAGUAGUGACAGCUCUGGGAAAAACUUACCAUCCAAGCUGCUUUGCCUGUACUGUUUGCAAGCGUCCAUUUCCACCAGGCGAUCGCGUUACCUUUAAUGGAAGGGAGUGUCUCUGUCAGAUGUGUGCUCAGCCCAUGGCCUCCAGUCCAAGAGAACUGUCUGCCUCAAGCAAUUGUGCUGGCUGUGGAAGAGACAUAAAAAAUGGGCAAGCAUUGCUAGCUCUGGAUAAGCAGUGGCACCUGGGGUGCUUUAAGUGCAAGGCCUGUGGGAAGGUCCUAACCGGGGAAUACAUCAGCAAAGAUGGUGCUCCUUAUUGUGAAAAGGACUACCAAGUGCUUUUUGGAGUCAAGUGUGAAGCAUGUCACCAGUUCAUUACUGGGAAAGUCCUAGAGGCAGGUGACAAGCAUUAUCAUCCAAGCUGUGCACGAUGCAGCAGGUGCAACCAAAUGUUCACAGAAGGAGAAGAAAUGUAUCUGCAAGGUUCCACUGUCUGGCAUCCCGACUGUAAGCAAUCCACUAAGACAGAAGAUAAGCUCCGGCCUACAAGAACGUCAUCAGAAAGCAUUUAUUCCAGACCAGGUUCCAGUAUACCUGGCUCUCCAGGCCACACUAUCUAUGCAAAAGUAGACAAUGAAAUCCUUGAUUACAAGGAUUUAGCAGCCAUUCCCAAAGUCAAGGCUAUUUAUGACAUUGAACGUCCAGACCUAAUUACUUAUGAGCCAUUCUACACUUCCGCCUACGAGGACAGACAGGAGAGACAGAGUCUUGGAGAGUCUCCAAGGACAUUAUCACCUACCCCUUCUGCAGAAGGUUACCAGGAUGUCCGGGAUCGCAUGAUUCACAGGUCUACUAGUCAGGGCUCCAUCAAUUCUCCAGUGUACAGUCGUCACAGCUACACACCCACCAUGUCACGCUCCCCUCAGCAUUUCCACAGACCUGGCAAUGAGCCGUCCAGCGGUCGGAACUCCCCUGUCCCCUAUCGGCCUGACAGUCGCCCUCUCACUCCAACUUACGCUCAGGCCCCUAAACAUUUCCAUGUUCCAGAUCAAGGUGUCAACAUUUACAGGAAACCGCCCAUCUACAAACAGCACGCUGCUUUGGCAGCACAGAGCAAGUCCUCCGAGGAUAUCAUCAAGUCCUCCAAGUUCCCAGCAGCUCAUGCACCAGCACCCAACGAGAUACCAAAGAUUGAGACGGACCACUGGCCAGGUCCUCCCUCCCUUGCUGCCAUAGGAGCUGACAUGAGACGCAGAUCAAGUGGAAGAGAGGAAGAUGAUGAGGAGCUACAGAGGCGCCGGCAGCUGCAGGAAGAGCAGCUCAUGAAGCUCAACUCUGGUCUGGGACAGUUAAUAUUGAAAGAAGAGAUGGAAAAGGAGAGUCGCGGUAGGUCAGCCCUUUCUGCCAGUCGUUACGAUUCUCCAGCACAUGCUUCAGCCUCCAAAACCUCUUCUCUCCCUGGGUAUGGAAAAAAUGGACUUCACAGGCCGGUGUCUACAGAUUUUGGUCAGUACAACAGUUAUGGGGAUGUGAGUGGUGCUGUUAGAGAUUUCCAGUCCCUCCCGGAUGGUCAUGUCCCUGGAAUGAGAAUGGACAGAGGAGUAUCUAUGCCUAACAUGUUGGAGCCAAAGAUUUUUCCAUAUGAAAUACUCAUGGUGACCAACAGAGGGCGAAAUAAAAUACUAAAAGAUGUAGACAGAACCAGGCUUGAGCGUCAUUUAGCGCCUGAAGUUUUUCAAGAAAUAUUUGGCAUGACGAUACAGGAGUUUGACAAGUUACCUCUCUGGAGACGCAACGACAUGAAGAAAAAAGCAAAACUCUUUUAAUUUCCCUUUAAACAAACCAACAAAAAAUGAUGCAUAGGAUGCUGUAUCAUACAGUCCACACUGUUUGGAAGCAACUACUUAUCCACCAAAAAGGGAAAAUCACAUAGUGGCACCUCUGUACACAGCAACCGAACAAGAUGAACAUUUGCCCUCCUGGAACACAAAGAGAAAAAAUCUGGGCUCAGAAACAACAAUGAUAGUUUUCAGGGGUGUUGACCUGUUACAUGAUAUGAUACAAGAUAGAAAACUGUUCUGUUCUUCUCCCUCAAUGAUACUCCCUUUACUUCUCUCCACAAUAUGAUGGACGUUAUUGCUAGAGCCAGGAAGUGCCCUUAGGAUGCCUUGUAGACUAAAGUAGUUGUAACCACUCCAAGAACUGGAAAAGAAAAUAUACAUAUAUAAAUAUA